AGUGUCUCCGUAGCUCCCGAUAGCCCAUCUCUCUGCUUCUCUUGCAGCUUUCCUGCGCUGUAUUCUUCUUCUUGUUCUUCGUCCAGCCGCCCCAGGCACAGGAACACCUCCCAUUCUCUCUCUCUCUCUCUCUCUCUCUCUCUCUCUCUCUCUCUCUCAUACGGAGUUAUCUUGUGGGUUUUGCUGAUAUUUUAGGGAUUUUAGCUCUUUCAGGUACUUCUGUGAAGGUUCUUGAUCUCAUUCUAAGUUGAAAAUGGGUUGGAAAGCUGCUGAAAAGCUAAUUAGGCACUGGAAAGUACUCAGAGGAGAUAAUGUAAUGAUAAUCAGGGGCAAGGAUAAAGGUGAGACUGGUAUUAUUAAGCGCAUCAUUCGUUCUCAGAAUCGGGUUAUUGUUGAGGGAAAAAAUCUGGUAAAAAAGCACAUCAAGGCAGGUGAAGGUCAUGAAGGUGGGAUCUUUACGGUUGAAGCCCCACUUCAUGCCUCAAAUGUUCAAGUUCUUGACCCAGUGACUGGGAAACCUUGCAAGGUCGGAAUUAGAUAUCUAGAAGAUGGUACCAAAGUAAGAGUUUCUAGAGGUCUAGGGGCAUCUGGGUCUAUAAUUCCUCGCCCUGAGAUUUUGAAGAUUAGGACUACUCCAAGACCUACCGUAGCUGGUCCUAAGGAUACUCCAAUCGAUCUUGUGUUGGAGAGGACUUACGAUGCUAAAACUGGGAAGGGCAUGCCUGACCUGUGAAGAAACCUUGUUCAAGUUAAUGAUGGACACUAAACAUAUUAAUGGAGGAAGUUGCAGGAACGCGAGUCAUGUGUAAAACAGUGAUUUUGUAAGGAGUUCUGUUGUCUAUUUUUAUUUUCAUUAGUGCAUUUUGGAAGGUUGAAGCUGUGAGUUUCAGUUUCAGAUUAUCUAGUCAUUCGAGAAUAUAGAUACUCUGUGAGAUGAUUGGCACAUUUGCAGAUCCUAGUAUUCUUUUCUAGUAUGUUUUUUGUAAAAUGCAUGCUAUUAGCUAUUUCUACUGGCAAAUAUAUAUCAGGCCACCUUACUCAA